GCUCUAAAAUGCGCACACUCUUCUAGAGAGAGAGAGAGAGAGAGAGAGAGAAAACGGAGCUCGCACGCUCCCUACCCACUUCUAGAUAGAGAUAGAGACAGAGGGUCUUUUUCUUUCUUCGAUAGCGAAUUAGGGUUUUUUCUUCGCGUUUUUGGAGCGGAAAUUUGGAGGAAUUUGUUCGGUUUUGCUUGUUUCUUCCCCGUUUGGGUGGAGAUGUAUGUAUCUUCCAUGAGAAAAUCGUUCAAGGACUCUCUCAAAUUGCUUGAAGCUGAUAUUCAGCAUGCUAAUACUCUGGCAUCGGAGUUUCCCGGGGAAUAUGAUGGCCCCUGCCUUCAGAUGAGAAUGUCAUACAGUCCUGCUGCUCACUUGUUCCUCUUCCUAGUGCAAUGGACAGAUUGCCAUCUUGCAGGUGCUCUUGGACUGCUGAGGAUUUUAAUUUACAAGGUCUAUGUGGAUGGUACGACCACGAUGUCCACCCACGAGAGAAAAGCAAGCAUCAGGGAAUUCUAUGCUGUUAUUUACCCCUCUCUAUUGCAACUUCAGAGAGGUGUUACCGAUACUGAGGAUAAAAAACAGAAUGCUGUCUGCAUGGAAAGGUACCGAAGAAGAGAUGACAAUGAAUGUAUACAGUGUUCGGAUGCUGACAUUGAACGAGAAGAAGAAUGUGGAAUAUGCAUGGAGACUACUAGCAAGGUUGUAUUGCCCAACUGCAACCACGCGUUGUGCUUGAAAUGUUACCGUGAAUGGCGAACACGUUCCCAGUCAUGCCCCUUCUGUCGUGACAGUCUUAAGAGAGUAAACUCGGGCGAUCUCUGGGUAUUUACUGAUAACAGGGACAUCAUGGACAUGGCAACGGUGACUCGAGAGAACCUCAAAAGGUUUUUCAAGUACGUAGAUAAGUUACCUACGAUUGUUCCGGACUCCCUUUUCAAUGCCUACGAUACGCACCUAAGAUAAGUGAUCGGUUCGUACAUAAUAUAAUGUCACUUAAUAAGUAGUUUUUUCUCCAAAUGAACAGUCCUUUUGCAAUGAGAUGACUUGACAACAGGACUGAAAUUCAUUCGGCUAAAAUUUAGUGAAAUCUAGAGAAGGCUUGCAGCUGUUUCUUCCCACUCCCAUUUCUGAAGAAAAAGAAAACCAGUCUUUGAGUUAAUUGUAGACUGGUAAUGAGUGGUGGUGAAGUUUAUAUAGUUUGAUUUGAAGUCUUCCAUGAAUAUUGUAUUUAACUCAUUUGUACAUGUUUGUAAAUUCUUGAUGUUAUCUAUAGAAAGCAGCUUUGAAUGCCUAAGUUGGUUUAAA